UUAGGGGAUUAAGGGAGAGGGAGAUUGAGAGAAAAACUUAAUCUCUCACUUGACUCAAAUUGAGAGAAAAACCUUAAUCUCUCAAUUGACUGAGAUGCUACUCAGAUGCGCACUUGACCCCUAGAGGUCUUAUCUAUCAGAUGCGCACAAAUGAUAUAUCAGAUGAUAUAUGAUGAUAUCUUUAGCCCCUAGAGGUCCUGUCUAUUUAUAGGCGAGAGCAGAGGGUCUAGGAUAAGUUAUUAGGAGAGUUCCUUCCAUCAAGGUUAUCUCCUAAAGAAUUCUACUUUAAUAUGGACUUCUUUUCUAUUGGCCAAUAACCAUAAUCAGAAUCUAAUAAUAUCUAUAAUAUAUCUUACCUAAUUAAAUAGGGCCACAUAAUCUAACAGACGGUGCUGUCCUACAACCUCAGCCCAUUACCUGAAGAGGAGUGUCAAUUGUUGUUUGAACAUCAUGCGUUUGGAAGCCAAAAUCUUACUGAUAACCUAAAUUUAGUUGCUAUUGGGAAGAGGCUCACAAAAAAACUCAAAGGCAUGCCAUUGGCCGCUAAGAUGAUCGGUAAACUUCUAUGCACUGAGAAAAAUGAGGAGAAAUGGCAUGCCAUCUUGCAGAGUGGUGUUUGGGAAUCCACUGGUUUGGAUGGUGUGGUUUCAUCAGCUCUUAGACUAAGCUACUAUGGUUUGCCUACAUGUUUGAGGGUAUGUUUCACGUACACCGCAUUGUUUCCCAAAGGAUACCUGUUCAAGAAGGAUCGACUGGUUCAGCUGUGGAUGGCCCAGGGUUUUAUCCAACCUAUGGGACGAAAACUCCCAGAAGACAUUGGUGUGGAGUAUUUCGAUGAGUUGUUGAGACGAUCAUUCUUUCAGCAAAUAGGGGCUAAUGAACAUGUGUUUACUGUGCAUGACCUAAUUCAUGAUCUUGUGCAAACUAUUGCAAGCAAGGAAAUAUGUAGGAUAAAGAACGAGAAUUUUAGCUUUGUUACCUCAGAAGCAAGACAUUUAUCGUUGUGUCCUGAAGAACUUGGGCCAUUCAUUCGCUCCUGCAACAGACCCAGGGUUUUACGAACCUUUCUAAUUGUGCAUAGAGUAUUAGAUACUUGUGAUGUUGACUAUGUGUGGAGCAAAGCUUGCUCACCUUUGAGUAUGCCGAAUGACCUUUUUGUUGGCUUGAAGUUCUUGCGCACUCUGGAUCUGAGUGAAACCCCUAUUGUAAGUUUGCCAGAAUCAAUCGACAGCGUUAUACAUUUGCGCUACCUUGGUCUCAGACAUACAAAAAUUAGAAGAUUACCUGAAUCUUUGUGUGGUCUUUACAAUCUGCAGACGUUGGACCUGAGAGAUAGUGAGAAACUAGAAGAAUUGCCCAAGAGCAUAACAAAUGUCACCAACCUGCGUCAUCUUUAUCUGCCAAGAUAUGUUUCAAUUAUUCCAAUGCCACAGGGAAUUGGAAAGUUGACUAAUCUUCAGACACUAUCAACAUUUUAUGUUGACCAUGGAGAGCAAAACUGUGCAAUAAUGGAGCUGAAGGACUUGGUAAAUCUCAGAGGAAAAUUCGAGAUUGCUGGACUGCACAACGUGGCAAGUGUAGACUAUGUCGAGGAUGCUUUAAAGGAUCUAAGACACAUUGCAAAACUGAUUCUGUCCUCUGGCAACAAUUAUGACUAUGGGAACCUUGGUGAAUUUGAUUUCAGCCUGUUUGACAGAGUUGUUGAGGAUAACCAAUCAUUAAGCAACGUGCAUGAUGAGCUUCAGACUUCCACAGAAAAUGUUGUACAAGUCUCAGUACCUAAAGAAAUAUGUAAUGGUUUGGAGACGACUGUUUUUGACAGACUUCGUCCUCAUACAAAUCUGAUGGAGCUGGUUGUGCGUUCUUACGACAGUUUGCAAUUUCCCAACUGGAUGGGCGAUGCUUCCUUUUCCAAUUUAGCCUCUGUUGAACUUGAAUUUUGCAGCAAAUGUGAAGUCCUCCCACCACUAGGCCAGCUGCCACUGCUCAGGCACCUUGCUUUUAAUGAGUUAUCAGGCUUAGAGAACAUAGGUCAGGAGUUUUGUGGCCAUGAUGAUAUGAUCAGGAUUAAGGGGUUUCCCUCUCUGGAGACGCUUCAAUUCAGAAGUAUGUACAGGUGGCAGGAAUGGUCUUAUGUAGAGGAUGGUUCAUUCCCUCGCCUUCGUCAUCUUGAGUUGAAUUACUGUCCUAAGUUAAGGAGACUGCCACACAUCCUCCCUUCAUUAGUGAAUUUGGUAAUUUGGCACUGCCCAGAGCUGAUGGCCCUCCCGAUGCUACCAUCACUUACAAGGUUGGAAGGCUGUUGUAAUGAGAUGAUAUGGUCCUCCAUGCCCCAAGAUCUGAUCUCCAGGCUUCAGGACCUGAGUAUUUGUGAAUCCGAGGAC